GAAAAGCCCCAGCACACGACCUAAGUGCAGCGGGGCGUUGAGCGAGCUCGAGUCCCUCUUCCCGGACAGCUAGGGAGCAGGGAGUUUGCAGACCUCAGCUACAGUUGGAAGAAUAGAGUUUUUGAGAAGUUACUGGAAGUUAGAUGUGAGACAAAAACAGACGAACUUUCCUUCAAAGCCUUAUGACGAAAUGAUAGGCCUUGCCAUACCCUUGAAAUGAAACUGAGCUCCCUACCGGCCUAAAGCCUCUGUUCUGAGCUUGAUGUAAACAAGGAGGGCGGUAAACACCAGAGGAAGGCCUUACAACAAAACCAAGUGCAAGUAGCUCAUUUGAGUGUUAUUUACCUUAGCAGCUUCCCUGAGUGAUUUAUGUAUAUUGCAGUUUAACUUUACAGGGUGGGAAUAAAAUAAUUUGGCUUCUCAGAUCACUGGUGGAAGAAACUAGAGCUGAGCUGGGACGAGGGCAAGAAGCGCGUCGGACCUUUCCUGGCAGCUGAACAGUGUGAUGAACAGUCUGGAAGGGUUAUGUUAUUACUUAAGGGGUUUGGGGAAACCGUUCCCGCGCACAGACCCUCAUUCGGGCCAACUGCAGGCCGUGGGGGACUCUUCAAGGACUCGCGCACCCCGAGCCGAGCUUCCUGGCUGGGCAUUGGGCUCAGCCAGUGCUGAGAGCGCUUUCGCUGGGCCAGUCAAGACAGCAGUAAGUUUGCCUCUAUUUGGGAAACCUUUCCAGGCUUGCCUGCCCUCUUUUAAGAGGGAGGCUUUAGGUGGUGGGAUCAUCAGCUGCCAAUGUGUGCCCUCGCUCUAAAGAAGGCGAGAGGAAGUAAAGCGAACCUGUGCAGUGUUUGCUGGGUUUCCAAAACGCGGAGCUUAUUCAACCCCGCAGCUAACCGGACGGCGCUUUGGUCCCCUCACACCUAAGGGUACUCAGAGCCUGGUGCAGGAGCUGGCGCGCGCUCUCGUGGUUUCCUUCCAAUUUAGGCAAAGGCCCUGGCCGCCCGUCUUCCUGCUUCUGCUUUGCCCUGCCACAGCACUCCUAAGACGGCGAAUUCGUUUCUGCGCCAAUUUUGUUUUGAAUAUCUACAAACCACUUUCCCUUGCAUGAAGAAAACAAGGCAGGGCCCCCUGGCCCGUCCCACACCUGCGAGUGGCAGAGAUACAGAGGCCUCGGGCCUCAGCCUUCAUUUCCCCGCCCUAGCUUCGCGCCAAGCUGCAGUGUCCCCGACACUCUGUCAGGACACGCGCUUUUCGCCCCUACUUUGUUCUUGCGCAGUCUUCCCAGCUGCGGAGAGGAGGGAGCGAAAGCAAAACGAAAGCACCCGGGGCGCAUCAGUCGCAAUAGCUUCCCUGAGCGCGGCCGUGGGAGGCCAAGAUCUGAGGUCGCUAGGCGAAGGUGGGGGCCCGAGCUGCGCAGAAACUGGGCGGGGGCGGUCCCUGGAGGGCGCCCGGGAGCUGCUAGAAGUUGUCCCGAGCCCCUUAUCCCCCUGGGAAAAGCGAACGCGGAUGUUAAUAUACCAACUCCGCAGGGAACUUUUGGCCCCGGUCUUGAGCUGAAAUUCCAGACUGAAUGGGACCGUGCUGAAAGCACGACGAGGCAAAGGAGUGUGGCGCGGGGGCGAGCUUUGACCCCUGGCUGCGUAUCCUCGGGAGAGGACCGGACUCCGGCUCGCCCAGCGAGGGUGCGCAGAGGCCUCCUGGGAUUCUAGGCCCACAGAAUUGUUGCUCCGGUGAAGUUGGAUAAGCACCCCGCCUCCCCGCAAAAACCAGAGUUCUAGGCUUAUAAAAACUAAAGUAAACUCUGGUGACAUCCUCCGCACUCGCUCCUUGCCCUCGCGGCAGUCACUGCAGGGACAAAGGCGGCCUGCGCAGACUUGGAAGAGGCGCGGCCCGCGUGGGCGGCUUUACCGGCCAAAGAAGUUUUCAGUUAAGGGGAGGCAUCUUCAGAGCUGAGGGUAACUCUCCACAGUCACCCCGCAGGUAGGGCAGCCAACCCCAAUCUGGUCAGCUUAAAAGUGUUCUCGGUUUCGCCCCCUUUCCCAGCGAACCAACACUGGCAGAUUGGCCUGCGAACCGCUCGCUGUGUUGCUCUAGCACAUUUACGUAGCCAAACGAUCGAAAAGCCCCAUCUUUAAGCCCAAUAAACACUUAACUUUAUUCUAUUUAAUAACACAUUUUGUUGUGGCAAUAUUUGUGGAUUUUGGCAGGUAUUAAAAUCUGUCGAUCC